AUGGUCCGGGAGUCCACGGUGUCAGACUGGGACUUGUCCUCAGGUCCAGGGACGUCCCUCGGUGUCCAGACUGGGACUUGUCCUCAGGUCAGCGAGUCACAGGUGUCAGAUGGGACUAGUCCUCAGGUCCAGGUGUCACCGUGUCAGACUGGACUUGUCUCAGUUUUCCAGGAGUCCACGGUUGUCAGACUGGGACUAGGCCUCAGGUCCAGGAGUCCGGUGUCAGACUGGGCGACUAGUCCUCAGGUCCAGGGAAGUCCACGGGUGUCAGACUGGGACUAG